CCCCUACAUAUCCCAAGGAACCUACAUUCCAAAUUUCAGCUGUCUACGACCAGUAGUUUCGACUGUGCGUUGUCUGUCAGUCAGUCAGUCAGUCACUCAGUAACGGAAGAGUUUUAUAUAUUUAUAUAGAUGUAGUCUAUACCUUCCUCGAUAAAUGCAUUAUCCAACACAAAAAGAAUUAUUAAAUUCGGACCAGUAGUGUCAAAGAUUAGCGCGUUCAAACAAACAAACAAACUCUUCAGCUUUAUAAUAUUAGUAUAGAUUGUAUAAUGGUGUAAAUGGUAAUUGUGUCGGAUGGAAUUGUGCCUGCUAACUAAUUCGUGUUGUCGGGUGUACAUGCAACUAUUAAUAAAUCCUUUAGGCGACCAAUUGACCAGGAAAACCGAAUCUAAAUAUUUUGUAGAAAUUUAUUUUCUGUUUCCAUAUUUGUUAAGUACGGUGACUGCUGUAUUCCAGUAAUUUAUAUCAUUCCGACAUUAAUCGUUGACGUGUAGUGCCAGUAUGAGGUGUAAAAUUAAUAAAUGUGUAAAAGUAUUGAUUUUUUUCAUAAUAUCAAUAUUACAAUGUGAUACUACAGUUGGUGUUGAUAUUACGUUUAAAAUUGAAAUGUAUAAAGUACUUGGAAAGCUGAAGCCGAUGUGCGAUCAUGACAUACAAGAUAUGAAAAGCUAUACAGUUAAGGAAGGGGAACAUAUCAUAAUUAAGACGAUCUACGACAAAACAAUUCAAGAUGCAUGGUGUUAUAGUAAAUACACUGAUUAUAUAUUUAGAAGUAAAAGCCAGAAUGUUUACCGGAAUGAAUCAAUUUAUAAAGCGGGCAAAGAAAUGGGAACGGUAUGGGAGUGUAGUUUUAUUUCUUUGAAGACAGCUUCAAAUAUACCCAAGAAAAUAUUGUAUGCCAAUGGAUAUGACACUUACGCAACAUUUAUUUGUACCAUGCACAUCCACGUUCGACGAGAGAAGGCUCCUAUGGUAAUCCUCGUUAACAAUAUGGAGAUGGCACUAGAACAAACACAAUUGUCGGAUGAAGAAGCCGACUUUACUGCCAUCUACCAUUAUAAAGUUGGAGACAAAGUAAACAUUACUUGCGUGACUGAAAACUACAAUGAGCAUGAUACAAUUAGCAUGCAAAGUCCUAAUGUUGGCAAACUAACCCAUCCGGAUUUACAAUCAAGCAGAAGGCUUGGUAUUAAAACGACGUUGACUUCAUUGCAUGAUGGCAAAUACCAUUUGUUCACACUCAAAAAUCAGUCAGAUUAUACCUCAGUAAGACUAAGAUUCAUUGAAACAAGGGAUGAUCCAUUGAAUAUUACAAUAAAUGGAAUACUAAUGCGACCACAACUUAAUAACAUAAUCAACAAUCAAUACACAAUAACCUACGUACACAAGAGCAAUAGUAGAAUAGAUGUCAUUUGUGAAACCUCUCCAAAUUACAAACUACUUAUUUUGAAUAAAGCGUUUAGGGGUAUCAGAUACUAUCAGUAUGAAUUACCACCCGAACAAAAAAUUAACAUACAUUUUACUCCGCCACCAAAUAAAACUCAAAACUUCAGAUGUUCCGCAAAUAAUAGACACGGGUAUGUCGCACAGGCUUGUGAUAUAAUGAUUAAAUCUGACGAUAAAUUACUGAAUGAUAAUAAAAUAAUGGAAAUGGUGUUACCAGCAAACCGGACCGUGUUGGAAGUAUCCAAUGAAACGUUGCAGGUUAUCUACUACGAGGUCGAUGCUGACGAAGAUUUGGAAAUAAAAUGUUCUGUACGCAAGCGACAACUUAAUGUGGUGUACAUGCACUUCCAAAAUAAUCAUACAACUGAUGAAAAUAUGAUUUCCAAAAUAGUUACAUUGAAAUAUGGUUCUACGAACCCUCCAGUUAUAUGCUAUUUAAGAGAUCAGGUGAACGACGUACGGUCUAUAAAUCGUGAUGAAAUAAUGUAUCAGAUUGAAGUGAGAUUUGUAAAUAAAGAUGUUUCUCCUCGACUUGGCGGGGGCACUGCCGUGUCCCCAGAUUUAACAUUUGAACCUGAUCCUACUACUACUAUUGCAAACCAGGAAACGCAUACGUCGAACCUACUCAUAUUUGCAUGUAUUCCUGGUCUUGUAUUAACGAUCACUGUUGUGGGCAUAGUCUACUGGCGUAAAAGAACGCAAAGACCAAAAAAUACUUGUAAUACUGAGGCACCUUGCAAUGGUGUUAAAGAAGACAAUGAAAUGACUCCAAUACCUGAAUCGAUGUACGACUCAUGUUCCAGUGAAAAUUCCACUAUACAACCAAAUAAUGACGUUCCGAAAAGUCCAGACUGUUCUGACCCCAAUUACCAACACUACGAGAAAGUAAAUUAUUUGCAAUGCAAGCCAAAAUCAAGUGAACCUCAACAGCGAUCGAGCAAAAUGUAUAAUGUAGCUUAUGAUCAUUUUAGAAGUUGUGUCAGUGGGAAAUAGUUUCGUAAUCAAUAAACUGCGUUUAAAAAAUCGACUUUGACCACCAUUUUUAUACAGGGUGUCCCUGAAAUCGACGUCCAACGGGCACUAGAUGAUCAGCAAGGUUCCAACUGUUAUCAGAAAAAUAUAAAAAAAAAUCUAAGUCCUACAGUUUUUAAAUUACUGU